ACCGCGGCUUGGACGGGGACCCAGAAGGGGUGUGGAGCCCAGACAUUGAGCAGAGCUUCCAGGAGGCACUGGCCAUUUACCCUCCCUGUGGUCGCAGGAAGAUCAUUCUGUCUGAUGAGGGCAAGAUGUAUGGACGCAAUGAGCUGAUAGCUCGAUAUAUCAAGCUACGGACAGGGAAGACACGCACUCGGAAACAGGUGUCUAGUCACAUUCAGGUUCUGGCACGUAAGAGAGUUCGAGAAUACCAGACCAGCAUCAAGGACCAGGCCUCCAAAGACAAGGCACUGCAGACAGUAGCCAACCUGUCAUCCGCUCAAAUAGUUUCUGCUAGUGUCAUGAAACCACAGACUCCCUUCUCUCCACCAGUGCGAUUUUGGCCCAGUCCAAUGCCAGGACAGCCUGGACACUCUCAGGAUAUUAAGCCUUUUGCACAACCCCCAUACACCACACUACCAGCUCCUGUCCCGGCACCCAUCAGUAAGUGUUAUGAGCCCCUGCCCCCUCCCCGACCUGCAGCCCCUGUCUGGCAAGACCGCACCAUCGCCUCGGCAAAGCUCAGGCUACUUGAGUAUUCUGCGUUUAUGGAGACCCAAAGAGAGAGGGAGACGUUCAAACAUCUAUUUGUUCAUAUCGGCCCUUCAAACCCUGGCUACAAUGACCCCGUGUUGGAGUCCAUAGAUAUAAGACAGAUCUACGACAAGUUCUCUGAAAAAAAGGGAGGACUCAAGGAACUCUAUGAAAAAGGGCCUCACAAUGCUUUUUUCCUGGUCAAGUUUUGGGCUGACCUGAGCAGUGAUAUCGAGGAGGGCUCAAGUGCAUUCUAUGGUGUAAGCAGUCAGUACAGCGGGACAGAAAACAUUAGCAUUAGUGUUUCAACUAAAGUCUGCUCCUUUGGAAAACAAGUGGUGGAAAAAGUGGAGACUGAAUAUGCUCGUCUAGAAGGAGGAAAAUAUACAUUUCGUAUUCAUCGCUCGCCUAUGUGUGAAUAUAUGAUCAACUUCAUCCACAAACUGAAACACCUACCAGAGAAAUACAUGAUGAACAGUGUACUCGAGAACUUUACCAUUUUACAGGUUGUGUCAAAUAGAGAGACCCAGGAGACUUUGCUGUGCAUUGCCUUUGUUUUUGAAGUGUCUACGAGUGAACAUGGAGCCCAGUACCACGUCUAUCGAUUAGUUAAUGAUUAGCACGCAGUGUGCAUGUCAAGACUUUACAGACUUUUGGAUACUCAUAGCAACACUACUUGGAUCCCCCCAUGUUCUAACUGACCAACAGUCACACUGUAGUCAUGCCUGCCAUUUGUUUAAGGCACUACAUUCCUAUUGGAUCAAAUGAGUCACAUGACACAGAGGUAAUCAAUUUUUAAAAGGUGAUAAUUUAGGAUUGUAAGUUUUAAGUUAUUUAUUGCAGUCCAUUUCAUCCUAUCAUAUUUGCCAUUUUCAAGGUUUUAUUGUGUUAUAUUGGUAUUUGCAAUUUAAAGUGGAGUUGUGCACGGACAACACCUAUUUUUAUUACUUGUUUUUAUCAAGACAAAUUUACCUGUGUCUUAUUUCAUAACCAUCUCGAUUUUUCAAUUGUACUCCUGCUUUUAAAUUGUAGGCGUGAUUACUGUGAGACAAGUUUGACUACAGGAUGCCGAGCAGCCCUUCAGUGUUUAUGCAUCCCAUGACAUUAUUGACAUUUUGUUUGUACUUGUAAGCUUAAUUCAAAUAUCACUACUUCUUAAGUUAUACUGUAUUAUUAUUAUUAUUAUUAUUAGUAGAAAAAAGAAAAAGAAACACACACACAAUUUAACCAAGUUUGUGCCUCAGUGAAAUGCUCUACGACCCAAAAUGUGUAUAGUGUUGAGUCAUAUUUUAUAUAGAAUAUAAUUUUUUUUUUUUUUUUUUUGCCAAAUUGGCCCAUACAAACCACUUUUAAAUUUCCUGUAUCCCUCAGACUUGACAAAAGGCUUAUUAUGGUAUAUUUAUGGUAUACAAAAUUGUAGUACUGAGGUAUAUGGUGUGUACACUUUAAAAAAACAGCAGAAAUAUUGUUCAUAUUUGUUGAUUCUGCCAGCCUAAGGUGUUAUUACUAUAUUUUUAAACAUUAUACGGUACAGAUGAGAUUAUUCGCACUGCACUAGGGUGUGGUUAACACUAACAUCCAUUUCUGAUCUAUUUGUGUAAUGCUUUUUGUUUAUGGAUGGUACAUAUUAUGCCUUCAUCACUCUUUCAUCCACUCCUGCUGUGACUGUUAAAAAUGACAAUAUUUUUCUCUGUGGUCGACCAAAGUUAAACAUGUUUACUGUUACUGGUGUGUUUUAAUGUUGGCCGCUGGUUAAAUCCUUUGGUUCUGACUUCUCAGCGAAAAUACCUUGUGCCUUUGCUGAACCAAUAAAAGUACAGUUUGCAGAAA